CAUACACCUUACGCAAGCCAAACUUCAUAACAGUGGUGCGAGAAGUCUUCACAGUCUAAUCACACGCGUGUGUGUAACGCGCCUGCUGAGCGCGUAUAGUAUGCGUCGUGUUGUUCUUUGUCAAGAUUCUCUGUGGAGAGUGAGUAAAUCUCUUCCUUCCCGAUGUCAUCAGAAAAGACGUUAGCGAUAUGGCUCGUCAACAGACAUUGAUGGGCGGUUUCGCCAAAGAGCCAGGAAAAGAGAAAGAUGAGGCUAAAUCCAACAACGGAUUGAAAGAAGUCCAGAAUGGCAAACUAAACACACAAGGUCAGGAACCUGCUUCCAAGAAACGAUCAAGAGUAAUCAUUGACGAUUCAGAUGAAGAAGAGGAGGAAGCUAAACCUCAGCCAGCAGCAAAGGCAACCAAAGUCACCACAAAGCCCGAGGAAUUGAAAAAGCCAAGCAAAAAGGAUGAAGAUGAAAGUAUGGAAGAUAAGACAGAAAAUGAAACAGAUGAAGAGUACGAAGAAGAAGAACAAGAAGCUGCAAAUCAAAGUGCAGAGAAAAAGAGGGAUGGUGAAGCAGUGAAAAAACUAGCCGCAAUUUUCGUCAAACAAGCACCUACAGAAGAUAAAGCUAGCUGGAAGGAAGGUGAAGCAGUUCCUUACUCCGCUUUGGCAGAAGCGUUUACCAAAAUUGAAGCAACGACUAAAAGAUUGGAAAAGUUGGAGGCCACUACCAAGCUGUUCGUAAAGGUGAUCCAACUCACUCCUCAAGACCUGCUCCCGUGCGUGUAUCUCUGUAUCAACAGACUAUGCCCGGAUUAUGAAGGUCUAGAGUUGGGUAUUGGAGAAGGCUUGUUGGUCAAGAGUAUCGCACAAAGCACGGGACGUGAUGUUGCCCGAAUCAAGAAGGAUUUAGAGGCAAAAGGUGAUUUGGGACUGGUCGCAAUCGGAUCUAAGCAGAAACAACCAACUAUGUUCAAAUCUGCCGCAUUGACGAUUCGUGGUGUGUUUAAGAAUUUGAAAGAGAUUGCAGCAAUGACCGGUAACAAAUCACAAGAACGAAAGAUUGGAGUGAUCAAGAAGCUAUUGGCUUCCUCUAACGCAGAAGAGCCGAAAUACAUCAUCCGAAGUUUGGAAGGCAAAUUACGGAUCGGUUUGGCUGAGAAGACUGUGCUUGUUGCACUCGCUCAAAGUGUUGUCUUGGCGGGUAAAAAGGGUAAAGAAUUGGCCUCUGAAUCGCUUACACAAGAACUAGAAAAGGGUGUAGAAAUCGUCAAAGCCGUUUUCAGUGAAUUGCCAACAUACGAUCUCGUCGUCCCCACACUUCUACGUGCAGGUGUUCAAGGUCUACGAAAGGAGUGCAACCUUACGCCCGGUGUGCCAUUGAAACCCAUGUUGGCCAAACCCACAAAAGCCAUUGGAGAAGUUCUUGAUCGAUUUGAAGGAAAGCCGUUCGUUUGCGAGUACAAGUAUGAUGGUGAAAGAGCACAAGUGCAUUACUACAAAUCCGGAACAGGUGAUAAAGCAAAAUCAACAAUUCAAGUUUUCAGUCGUAAUUCGGAAAAUAUGAGUGUCAAAUAUCCGGAUAUCGUUGAACAGCUACCUAGAUGCAUUAAAGAAGGAACGGAGAGUUUUGUGUUGGAUGCAGAAUGCACUGCAUGGCAAAAAGCAGACCCGGAAAAGGGAUUGCCUGCACGUUUGUUACCCUUCCAAGAAUUGAGCAGAAGGAAACGGAAGGAUAUCAAAGUGGAAGAUAUCAAAGUAAAAGUCAAGCUAUUCGCAUUUGAUAUUCUCUAUCUCAACGGAAAGCCUUUGUUACAUCUUGACCUGGCAUCACGGCGUGCAUUGCUUCAAAAGAGUUUCGAACCCGUUCAAGAUGAAUUUGAUUUUGCAAUCAGUAAAGAUUUAACAUCAAGCGAAGAUAUUCAAUCUUUCUUGGACGAAAGUGUAAAAGAAGGAUGUGAAGGAUUGAUGGUAAAAAUGUUAGAAGGAAAUGAUGCAACGUAUGAACCAAGUAGAAGAUCGAUGAAUUGGCUUAAACUCAAGAAGGAUUACUUAGCCGGAACGGGUGAUAGUCUGGAUUUGGUCGUAAUUGGAGCUUAUUACGGUAAAGGUAAAAGAACCAAUUGGUAUGGUGCAUUUUUGUUGGCUUGUUAUGAUGCCGAUAGUGAAUCAUAUCAGGCUGUAUGCAAAUUGGGUACCGGAUUCUCAGAAGAAGCCUUGGAAGCGCAUCACAAGACUCUUUCUGCUCUUGAAAUCACGACAAAGAAAGGAUAUUACGAUGUAGGAGAAGCCAAGCCUGAUGUGUAUUUUGAAGCAAAGAUUGUUUGGGAAGUUUUGGCAGCAGAUCUUUCACUCAGUCCAGUCUAUUCAGCAGCGAAAGGAUUGGUUGAUCAUCGUGGUAUCUCACUUCGUUUUCCACGUUAUGUUCGUAUUCGUGAUGACAAAGAUCCAGAAGAUUCAACUGCUCCUGAUCAAAUUGCCGAAAUGUAUCGUAAACAAGCUGUUACUCAUCAUGGAGGAGGAAAAGGUGAUGAAGAUGAUGGAUUUUGGUAACUAUCUUUUGUUGGAGAUUCCCUCUUUUGUACUAUACAGUGUAUCAUUUUUCAAACAAUCAAUGUUCAAUUCAUUUC